UCUCCUCUCUCUGGUUUAUGCAGAGCAGAAAACAACAUUUUUUUUUUUUUUAAAUUUCCAUCAAUUUUGCCCCUAAUUUCCACUAUUAUUAUUAUCAUCAUUUCUAAACAAACAAACAAUCAUCAAGUGCACAAAUAUAUAAAAACCGGCAUGGGUUGUUUCCUCUGCGCUGGGGGAGAUUCUUCUGCCAAAAAAUCAUCCAAAAACAAGCGAAACGACGACGUACUCGACGAUCAAUCAAGCCCUACACCCACCCAAUCUUCUGACACAACAAAAGUCUACGUUGAAGCGAAGAAGGAAGAUGAUGCAAUAAAAGUCGAACAACAUAAUGAAGCGAAGAAGGAAAAUGAUGCAAUAAAAAUCGAACGAGGUAAUGAAGCGAAGGAAAAUGAUGCAAUAAAAGUCGAACAACGUAAUGGAGCGAAGAAGGAAAAUGAUGCAAUAAAAGUCGACCGACGUAAUGGAGCGAAGAAGGAAAAUGAUGCAAUAAAAGUCGACCGACGUAAUGAAGCGAAGAAGGAAAAUGAUGCAAUAAAAGUGGAACGACGUAAUGAAGCGAAGAAGGAAAAUGAUGCGAUAAAAGUCGAACGACGUAAUGAAGCGAAGAAGGAAAAUGAUGCGAUAAAAGUUGAACGACGUAAUGAAGCGAAGAAGGAAAAUGAUGCAAUGAAAGUCGAACGACGUAAUGAAGCGAAGAAGGAAAAUGAUGCAACAAAAGUCGAAAAGCGUAAUGAAGCGAAGAAGGAAAAUGGUACAACAAAAGUCGAAAAACGUAAUGAAGUGAAGAAGGAAAACGAUACAAUAAAAAUCGAACAACGUAAUGAAGUGAAGAAAGAAAAUGAUACAACAAAAGUCGAAAAGCGUAAUGAAGUGAAGGAGGAAAAUGGUACAACAAAAAUUGAACAACGUAAUGAAGUGAAGAAGGAAAACGAUACAAUAAAAAUCGAACAGUGUAAUGAAGUGAAGAAGGAAAAUGCAGAAAUUGUUAGUCAAUCAUCGGCUUCUAGCGGGUCUGUUGGGAAGAAUAAGUCCCCUGAAGAGGGAAGCCCGGUGAACAAAGCACGAACGUUUACAUAUGCACAGUUAGUGAAGGCAACUGAUAAUUUUAAAGCUGCUUAUUUCUUGGGUGAAGGUGGAUUCGGCAAAGUUUACAAGGGAAAAUUCGAAGAUUCUGAUCAGAUUGUGGCUAUAAAGCAAUUGGAUCCCAAUGGGUUGCAAGGGAUUAGGGAAUUUGUCGUUGAAGUUUUAACGUUAAGCAUGGCAGAUCAUCCUAAUCUUGUGAAAUUAAUCGGUUAUUGUGUCGAAGGAGAACACAGAUUAUUGGUGUAUGAGUACAUGCCAUUAGGCUCUUUAGAAGAUCAUUUACAUGGUCGGUGGCGCCACAAAAAACGGCUUGAUUGGAACACGAGGAUGAAUAUAGCAGCUGGUGCAGCAAGAGGGUUAGAGUAUUUACAUGACAAAAUGAACCCACCGGUUAUAUAUCGGGAUAUGAAGGGUUCAAAUAUUUUGCUAGGUGAGUUUUAUAAUGCAAAAUUAUCGGAUUUUGGCUUGGCAAAAGUGGGCCCGCUUGGAGAUAAAACUCAUGUUUCGACCAGAGUGAUGGGCACUUACGGGUAUUGUGCUCCUGACUAUGCAAUGACGGGACAACUCACGUUUAAGUCAGAUAUUUAUAGCUAUGGGGUUAUGUUAUUGGAGCUAAUUACGGGCCGGAAAGCAAUGGAUAAUACAAGGCCUAAACUAGAGGAAAAUAUUGUUGAUUGGGCACGACCGUUGUUUAAAGAUAGAAGGAAAUUUUGGCGAAUGGCGGACCCGGCUCUAGAAGGUGAAUAUCCGGUUAGAGGGUUAUAUCAAGCGCUAGCAAUAGCCGCAAUGUGUGUUCAAGAAAAACCACACAUGAGACCACUAAUUGCUGAUGUGGUCACUGCUCUCAACUAUCUUGCUUUGCAAAAGUAUGAACCCUCAACUAACCCCGUUCAAGCUUCUAGAAGGGCUUCUCGUGUUCAAAGAUUAAUUGAUGAAAAGAAACCCGAUGUGUAAUCGUUGACGGUUGGUUUUGUUCAUAUGAGAAGGGCGUUCGGUGUUUUUAUGGCAUCGAAACGGAGUCGGUAACUAAAAACUUUGGACAUUGUUUUCUUGGUAUAGGAUAGAAAAGUUGAGGAAUAAUGACAUUAUAUGUUAUAUAUUUUGUACUUUUGGUGGAAAAUAAAGUUUUAUAAAAUUUACCAAGAUCUGCACUUCAUUGCAUUAUUGCCUG